GACAACGCACCCUGGCUGCCAUUUUGUGUGGCCAACAAGGCUCCGGGGCGGGGCCUCGAACCCGCGGCUCCUCCGCCCUUCGCGGGCGGAGUAGCUUGUCCUCCGCCGGCCACCGUCUGCCGGUGGUACGCUGCUGUGCGGGUCCGGGCGGGUACAGCGGGAGCAGGAGGAGCCGUCCUGCGUGUGGGGCCAACUCGGCCCGACUGCUGCGCCGCCAUGAGCGAGAAGGGCGAGCUGGACCUCACUGGGGCCAAGCAAAACACGGGCAUGUGGCUGGUGAAGGUCCCCAAAUACCUGUCACAGCAGUGGAGUAAAGCCUCAGGAAGAGGUGAAGUGGGAAAACUGAGGAUUGCCAAAAAUCAAGGAAGAACAGAAGUGUCAUUUACUUUGAAUGAAGAGCUUGCAAGCAUCAGUGAUAUUGGAGGAAAACCUGCUUCUGUCAGUGCACCAAGGGAACAUCCAUUUCUUUUGCAAAGUGUGGGAGGACAGACCUUAACAGUGUUCACAGAAAGUUCAACAGAGAGCCAACCAGAAGAAAAAUCUGAAAGCAGCAGCUAUGAUAAACUUGCCCUGGAAGGAAUAGUGGUGCAACGUGCUGAAUGCAGACCUGCAGCUAGUGAAAAUUACAUGAAACUGAAAAGAUUUCAGAUAGAAGAAUCUUCUAAACCUGUAAGGCUAUCACAGCAGCUGGACAAAGCAGUAACCACCAAUUAUAAACCUGUGGCUAAUCAUCAAUAUAAUAUUGAAUAUGAAAAGAAAAAGAAAGAGGAUGGAAAACGGGCUCGAGCUGAUAAACAGCAAGUAUUGGACAUGCUCUUUUCAGCCUUUGAGAAACAUCAGUAUUACAACAUUAAAGACCUGGUGGACAUAACCAAGCAGCCAGUGAUAUACUUGAAAGAAAUUCUAAGAGAAAUAGGCAUCUACAACGUGAAGGGGACCCACAAAAACACAUGGGAGCUGAAGCCAGAAUAUAGACAUUACCAAGUAGAAGACAAAAGUGAUUAAGGAAACUGUUUGUGAAGCAAAAGAGAACGACGGAGAAGAGUGAUUGCACCGAGGGAGCUGUCAUGGUUUUACAGACAGGACCGAGCACAGCAUAAUUCUGCAAGGUUAUAUUUAAAUGAAAACAACCAAUACUUCCUAAUUUUCCAUAGUUUCAUUUGUUUUUCAGAGGAAUAUUUCUUUUAAGUUUCUAUAAAUGUUUGUCUUUUGACAAAAAAAAAUAUUUAUAGAAUAAACUUGGAUUAGAUUUAUCUUUAUUAGAAAUGUUUUUAGUUCUGACUUGCUUUUUCUUGAUAGCUUUGUGGUUCUUCUAAGCCUCAGUGACUUGGAAGCAUAACGUGUCCUAGAGGAACCUGUAACUUUCUUUUUUGCAUUCCAGUAGAACCAGGUUCAUGCUCUCACUUCAGCUGUCAUCCUUCAGGGCUUUACCUGGAAGGCUACAAAGCUGCGCAGUACUUGUGCAGUGAUUGGUGCACAGACACUGUGCUCCUUUGGGGAUCAGGCUUUAGGAAGAACAGCCUCAGCUAUGGUGCUCAUCACAGCCUUGAGACUUCAUGGGAACACAUCAGCACAGCUGGGAAACUAAAACAAGGGCUAUUAGAUACACAGGUCUGUGGGAAAGAUCACAGUCCCUUCUGGGUGAUGACUGAGGGAAAAAGAAAACUGCUAGGAACAUCAAGGAAUUUAUCUUUUGCUUUUUUUUUUAAAUGUUACCUAUGUUUUAUGUCUAAGCAUACCAAUAAAAGCAUUAUUUUAAUUUGUACCAA